GUUGAAUCAGUUUGAGCCUUGAUGCCAAGCUAGCGAGACAUUCUAACAAAUCAAUCGCUUCUAUUUCUUUAAGGCUACAUGCGAACGAAAGAGUUGUAGUCGAAGACACAGCUACGUCGCUGCAAAGAAUUAAUUUCAAAUUGAUAAUUUGAAGAUUAAAAAAAAAUAUAUUAGUGUGGUUUUGUGAAUUUUUUGCGAACUAAGAAUCAUUGUAGGAGUAUUGUGCUGUUCUUGGAUUUUAAUAAGUUGGAAAAAUAUUGAGUUUAAUAUAAAAUUUAUGAAAAAUUCUCUGAAAAUAAUAAAUUGCUAAACUAUUAAAAAUAAUUACUUGAAAACUUUUGUUAAUAAUUUUUGAAAAAUAUAUUGAGCAUAAAAUAUAAUAACUGAAAAUUAAAAAAAAAACAUUGUUGUGCAAAUAUUGAAAUUUAAAUUAAAUAUUUAAAAAUAAAAUAGUUUUACUUCAAAAGAAUUAUUGCUGUGAAAAGUGCCGUUAUUGACCGUGAAUACCCUCAUCGUCUGCUUGUGCGUGAGUGUGCUCGUAAAUUUUAAUACAAUUUUACAACAAUAAAAACGAAAACGUUAAAAACAAAAACAAGCUCAAAAUGUCGACACAACUGGAGUUUAUCAUGCAACUGUAUAUGAUGAAUUUGCUGCAACAACAACAGCAACAGCAAUUGCAGCAGCAACAACAACAGCAAAUGCAUAAUCUUCCCUCACCCAGUAAGCGCGAAAUGGAGAUGGACAUCAGCAGCAGCACAAUGACAACAGCAACAACAUUCGUCGACCAGACACAACAAUCACAGCAACAACUCCUGCAGCAGCAGCAGCCACAGUCGCAGCCGCACAAUCCAAGAACGCAUUUACGCAAAAAUUCGCAAACCACUACCACCACCAUCACCAACUGUAGUAGUAGCAGUAGUUGUACCACCCGUAGUCCUAAUAGUAAUUCCAACUCCUCAAUAGCCAUACAACAACAGCAACUACACAAUACACAACACAACAAACUCUCCCCCCUACAACAGUUACUGCUCGGCCAAUUGUCAGCACCACCGCCACCAAUGUUAGCGACCACACCGCCCGCACUCACCACGUCGUCGAAUUUGUUGUUAACACCAACAACACCGAAUUCGGGCAUGCCUGCAGCGGCGGCGCUAUCAUUGGCAGCGGCUGCUUACAAUGUCUCGACCGGCAGUCAACUUCCCGUUCAAACACACUUUUUCCCCACAAACGAUUUAGCUUGUGAUGCAGGUCAUAUAACAGCUGCUAAUUUUCUUCAAUCUUCUACAGUGACAUCUACGCCCACCGAAGAUGAAGAGAGGUUAGAAAAAGUAGCUGAGGUGGCGGCGGCGUCAACGCAGCUGGACGAGGAAGAUUGCAGUCCAUUGGACAAUGCUUCGACCACAUCCAACGACGUUGAAGAUGUCAGUGAUACCGUUACGGUGGAGGAGGAGAAGUAUCGUGCACAAGCGCAGGAUUUAUCCGAUAGACGGACAGAUCGUUGGCGUGAGUGUAGGAAAUCAGAUGCAGAAGAAUGUGGAAUAAAGGGGCAGCAACCGCAAAGCGAUGUUGCAGUCGAAGCUGUAGAGGUGCUUGAUGAGGAUGAGGAGGACGAAAAGCCUUUGGCUAGUCUGCUGCAUAGCACUGCAGAAACACGUUGCCUGAGAACAAGAAGUCAUGCGGAUGCGCGUAAUUCUGCGAAUUCUUUGGACGGUUCUUCAAGUGUGCCUUAUAUAACACCCACAAAGCAACCGGCCGAUUCCACGCACUACCCUUCACAACAAAACGCUACGAUCACUCAAGACGUAGCCGGUACGUUUACACAACUCACCGAAAACGAAAAUGCGAACAUGACACCUAUGUCGCUUGCGAAAACCCUACUUACACCACCUUCUAGUGACCAGUUGCCCACAGCAAAUAAUAGAAAACAUAGUCUCCAUUCAACUACACAGACGCUCAAUCCUGAGCCAACACAGCAAUCUGUUGGCGUAACUGGCCUUGCUGGCACUUCAGCCAUAAUGAGUCUGAACACCGUCGGCAGUUUAGAUGCCUUCCUGCAAAAUGAAGAGAAUCUCAAAAAUCUGCGCAAAGUCUCGUCUUAUUUGGAGUGUGAGAAUGCGCUUUGUCGGCAAGAGAAUCUACGUGAACAUUUCCAUUGUUUCGAUGAGCCUUGUCAGGGUAAGAUAUUGAGUAAGAAAGAUGAUAUAAUUCGACACUUGAAAUGGCAUAAGAAACGCAAAGAGAGUUUGUUACUUGGUUUUGCACGUUUCUCCGCCUCGGAUGACUGUGAGCCUGCUUAUGGUGCCGGUUGUAUAUAUUGUUGGAAGCAAACGCAUUAUCAUUGCGUCUACGAGGACUGCCCGAAGGUUUAUGUGAGCACGAGCGAUGUGCAGAUGCAUGCAAAUUUCCAUCGCAAAAACUCGGAAAUCGUGCAAGAAGGUUUCCGACGCUUUCGCGCACACGAAAAUUGCAAAAUCGAAGACUGUCCAUUCUACGGCAAGAAGACGUCGCAUUACCACUGCUGUCGUGAAGGUUGCAAUCACACAUUCAAGAACAAGGCUGAUAUGGAUAAACAUAAGUCAUAUCAUCUGCGCGACUAUCAGCUCACUCAGGAUGGCUUCAAGAAAAUACUAAAGACCGAGGCUUGCCCUUUCGAUGGUUGCAAAUUCUCCACCGUCUGCAAUCACAUCCAUUGUGUGCGCGAGGGCUGCACUUAUAUUCUGCACUCAAGCAGUCAAAUGAUCAGCCAUAAACGCAAACAUGAUCGUCUCGAUGGUGAGCAGGCCUAUCAGAAUUUCAAGAAACAGAAGGACUCCAGCGGUGAGGAUUCACCAGCGUCGAGCGCCACGACACUCGCGGCGACCAAUACCGUAGCUACUGCGAAUAUAACCACGCAUACUACCACACCUUUGUCUUCGCUCAGCGCAGAUCGCUUUUUGGCGCGAAAACGUGGGCGUCCACCAAAGAAAAUUGAAUUGCCCGUUAAGACUGAGCCAACCAAGCGCAUCAAGUUGGAGCCGAACACUGAUCAAUUGGCUGCCUCUGCUGCUGCUAACGCACAACUUGCUAACAACAAUGUUCCCAACAACACACAAAUGCCCAGUGCUGCUGCGGGUCUGUUCCCACCACCCUUCCUGUCCAACUUCAAUGCUGCCACUGCAGCCGCAGCCGCGGCAGCUGCUGCACAGAGCAUGCAAAUGCAGGAUCCCAAUACGCCAAAUAUGCAGUUGACCCAUCUGAUGGCGCUUUUCCAGCUACAGAAUCCACUUUUCUACCAAAACCUUUAUCCGGGUGGUAUGCCAGCGAAUAUGGCAAACAUGUUAGGUGCUGCGGCGAUAGCUGGUGUAAUGCCACCCGCAUCCGGUCUGUAUGGUAAUAUGUCGGCUUUUAGUGGGCCGUCGGGUGCGACCAUCAAAUCGGAAUAUGGUGAGAAGCAGCAACAAUACAAGGAGUGAAUGUGAGUUGCUUACAAGGAGUUUGUUGAAUAGGUUAUGGCGACAGGGGUCGCCUACAGCAAAUUACUUUGGGAAACUUGUCGCGUUAUAGUAUGCAAUUAAAUUUGCACGCCGUGUUUUGGAUAUGAUGGGUCCUCAAAGGGUUAUCUGUUAGUUGUUUUGGCAAUCCGAUGACAUUAACUGUACCGUAUAAGUUGACGGUUUAAAAGCUUCAGUGCAAGUUAUUGCAAGAGCUUUAAGAGCACUUUCGUCCAUUAGAAUGGAUGAUAGGCGCUUCCAGCAAUUCGACUCAACGUGUUUGUAUAGGGACAUUUUUACAACAUUCACAUAGAGAAAGCUUAGUGGAACAUACAUCGUUUGUACAAUAAUUUAUACGUUUUGAGGGACUAUAAAAUUCGUUUCAGUUUCCGAAAAUAUUUUAUUUUAGUUGCUUUUCCAGCGAAAUUUGAGUUUGUAGGAAGCAAAAUAUGGAUUUUUUUUAAUUUAUAGAUUAAACUCAUUUUGUUUCCAUAAUAAUUAAUUGUGCAUGGCUUAUAUAGGAAAAGUUAUAGCUUUAUUUAGGAAAAAGCUUCUUUGGCAACUUUUUUAAAAUUGUGCAAGCUCAUCAUUUAAAGCUUCAAGCUUCAAUGGUAGUUGUUAUACAAUUUGAAAAGCUGACAAAAAACCUUUUUGGGUGUUCUGUUUGUCUUCCGGAAUAAAAUUGAUAGUGUUUGAAAGUAUAUACAUAUAUACAUAUAUGACAUUUUUGUACCUUAGAAGACAUUUGUUUUGACAGGUUGACUUUUUUUUAAAUUAUUUUAAAAAAAUCCGUAAAAAAUCAAAAUAAAUUAAAUAAAAAUAUUUGCAGCAAAUACUUUUAUUUUUUAUAGAUAUCAAUAAAUUAUUUUUAAUAAAAAAUUAAACGAACAAAUUAUAACUGUGAUUUUCUUAUUGUUAUUGUAAAUAAAUAGUAAAAAAUAAUAAUGUAUUCAUAUGUCAUUUAUAUUAAAUUAUAAUAUUAAAAAUAUUUUAAUGUGUUUCAAAAUCAUACUUAAAAAUAAUAAUAAUAAAUACAUAUAUUGUUAACUAAUC